CCCCUCUCCCCUUUCGAUGUGCGGCUUUGGACAUGCGGAGGCUACUGCAACCGUGUUGGUGGAUCUUUUUCUUGAAAAUCACCAGCUCCGUUCUCCAUGAUGUGGUGUGCUUCCCCGCUCUGACUGAAGGUUAUGUUGGCUCUCUGCAUGAAAACAGACAUGGUAGUUCUGUGCAGAUACGGAGGCGAAAGGCUUCGGGGGAUCCUUACUGGGCAUACUCGGGUACCUAUGGUCCCGAGCACUGGGUUACUUCCAGCGAGAAGUGCGGAGGUUCUCACCAGUCUCCCAUAGACAUCGUAGACCAUCAGGCCCGUGUUGGAGAUGAGUAUCAAGAACUGCAGCUUGAUGGUUUUGACAAUGAAUCUUCAAACAAGACUUGGAUGAAAAACACAGGAAAAACGGUUGCUAUCCUGCUGAAGGACGAUUAUUUUGUCAGUGGUGCCGGGUUGCCGGGCAGAUUCAAGGCAGAGAAAGUGGAGUUUCACUGGGGUCAAAGCAACGGAUCAGCUGGCUCUGAGCACAGUAUCAAUGGCAAGAGGUUCCCUGUUGAGAUGCAGAUUUACUUCUACAAUCCUGAUGACUUUGACAGUUUUGGAACAGCAGUUCUAGAAAACAGGGUAGUAGGAGCCAUGGCCGUGUUUUUUCAAGUCAAUCAGAGGGACAAUCCAGCACUGGAUCCCAUUAUCCAUGGGUUGAAGGGCGUCGUACAUCACGAGAAGGAGACCUUUCUGGAUCCCUUUGUGCUGAGGGACCUUCUGCCGACAUCGCUGGGGAGUUAUUACCGCUACGCAGGUUCUCUGACUACUCCUCCGUGUAGCGAGAUCGUGGAGUGGAUCGUUUUUCGGAAGCCUGUUCCCAUUUCUUACCAUCAGCUGGAGGCAUUCUACUCCAUAUUCACCACUGAACAGCAAGACCACGUCAAGUCUGUGGAGUACCUGAGAAAUAACUUCCGACCACAGCAAAAACUGAACAACAGGAACGUGUCUAAGUCUGCCGUGAAGGAUGCUUGGAGCCAAGAUAUGACAGACAUCUUGGAAAAUCCACUCGGCACAGAAGCUUCCAAAGCUUGCAGCACUCCGCCAGUCAACAUGAAAGUGCAGCCUGUGAACAGGACAGCGUUACUUGUAACCUGGAACCAGCCAGAAACCAUCUACCACCCUCCGAUCAUGAACUACAUGAUCUCAUAUAGCUGGACUAAAAACGAAGAUGAAAAGGAGAAGACUUUCACCAAGGACAGUGACAAGGACCUGAAGGCCAUCAUUAGCCAUGUCUCACCUGACAUCCUUUAUCUGUUCAGAGUUCAAGCAGUUUGCCGAAAUGAAAUGCGUAGUGACUUUAGCCAGACUAUGCUCUUUCAAGCUAACACUACUCGAAUUUUCGAGGGGACCAGAAUUGUGAAAACAGGAGUGCCCACGGCAUCUCCUGCCUCCUCAGCCGACAUGGCUCCCAUCAGCUCCGGCUCCUCCACCUGGACCUCCUCGGGGCUCCCCUUCUCCUUCGUGUCCAUGGCCACAGGGAUGGGGCCUUCCUCCAGCGGCAGCCAGGCCACCGUGGCCUCAGUGGUGACCAGCACCUUGCUGGCAGGGCUGGGCUUCAGCGGUGGUGGCAUCUCCUCCUUCCCCAGCAGCGUGUGGCCCACCCGGCUCCCCGCGGCGGCCGCCCCCAGCAAGCAGGCGGGACGGUCGGUGGUGGCCGCCACCGAGGCCGCCGCCGCCUCCCCGGGGCCAGAGCGGGACUCGGCGCUGACAAAGGACAGCGAGGGAGCCGAGGAGGGGGAGAAGGACGAAAAGAGUGAAAGCGAGGAUGGGGAGCGGGAGCACGAGGAAGAGGAAGAAAAGGAUGCCGAGAAGAAGGAGAAAAACAAGGCGACGGCGGCCACGGAGGCGCGCAAUAGCACGGAGCCCAACGUGGCCACGGCUUCCCCCAACCGGACUGCCGAGGAGGAAGGAAAUAAAACCAUAUCGGGUGAAGAGCCAAACCAAAAUGUUGCCCCCACGGCUGGAGGUCCCCAGGAGGAGAGCUUUGCCGAAGCAGACACUCAGCCCCAGCCGCUCCCUUCCACCCAAGUGCCACCAGCGUUCACCAACGAACUUUACCUGGGGAAGAUCCCGAGAAGACCGGAGACAACAAGAAAACCUCCUCCAAAGGAGGACAGGUUUCCAGAGGAAUACCCCUCAGAUAACAAAUUCAUCACCAUUAACCCAGCUGACAAGAACAGCUCCAGCAUGGCGACGAGACCUUCUCCUGGUAAAAUGGAAUGGAUCAUCCCGCUUAUUGUGGUCUCAGCACUGACCUUCGUGUGCCUCAUUCUUCUCAUUGCUGUGCUUGUCUACUGGAGAAAGUGUUUUCAGACUGCCCAUUUCUAUGUGGAGGACAGCAGUUCCCCCCGUGUGGUCCCCAAUGAAAGUAUUCCCAUUAUACCUAUUCCAGAUGAUAUGGAAGCAAUUCCAGUCAAGCAGUUCGUUAAACACAUCAGUGAGCUGUAUUCUAAUAACCAGCAUGGGUUCUCGGAAGACUUUGAGGAAGUGCAGCGCUGUACGGCUGACAUGAACAUCACUGCAGAGCAUUCCAACCACCCCGACAACAAGCACAAGAACAGAUACAUCAACAUCCUAGCCUAUGAUCACAGCAGGGUGAAGCUAAGGCCUUUACCAGGAAAAGAUUCUAAGCACAGUGACUACAUUAAUGCUAAUUAUGUCGAUGGUUACAACAAAGCAAAAGCCUACAUUGCUACCCAGGGACCUUUAAAGUCUACCUUUGAAGAUUUCUGGAGGAUGAUUUGGGAACAAAAUACUGGAAUCAUUGUCAUGAUCACAAACCUUGUUGAAAAAGGAAGAAGAAAAUGCGAUCAGUACUGGCCGUCAGAGAACAGCGAGGAGUAUGGCAACAUAAUCGUCACGCUGAAGAGCACAAACAUUCACGCCUGCUACACGGUGCGCCGCUUCACAGUCAGGAACACAAAGAUGAAAAAGGGUCAGAAAGGAAACCCCAAAGGGCGGCAGAACGAGAGAACGGUUAUUCAGUAUCACUACACUCAGUGGCCUGACAUGGGUGUGCCAGAGUACGCUCUGCCUGUGCUAACCUUCGUUAGGAGAUCCUCCGCAGCCAGAACCCCGGACAUGGGACCAGUGGUGGUGCACUGCAGUGCUGGUGUUGGCAGAACUGGUACCUACAUUGUGAUAGACAGUAUGCUGCAACAGAUAAAAGACAAAAGCACAGUUAAUGUCCUGGGUUUCCUGAAACAUAUCAGGACACAGCGCAACUACCUCGUCCAGACAGAGGAGCAGUACAUUUUUAUUCACGAUGCCUUGUUGGAAGCCAUCCUUGGGAAGGAGACUGAAGUAUCUGCAAACCAGCUGCAUAGUUACGUUAACAGCAUCCUCAUACCUGGCAUAGGAGGGAAGACACGACUAGAAAAACAGUUCAAGCUGGUUACACAGUGUAAUGCAAAAUAUGUGGAAUGCUUCAGCGCUCAGAAAGACUGCAACAAAGAGAAGAACAGGAACUCAUCAGUCGUGCCGUCUGAGCGUGCUAGAGUGGGCUUGGCACCGCUGCCUGGAAUGAAGGGAACAGAUUACAUUAAUGCCUCUUAUAUCAUGGGCUACUACAGGAGUAACGAGUUUAUCAUAACCCAACACCCACUGCCACAUACGACUAAAGAUUUCUGGCGAAUGAUCUGGGAUCACAAUGCACAGAUCAUCGUCAUGCUGCCGGACAACCAGAGCCUGGCAGAAGAUGAGUUUGUGUACUGGCCAAGUCGCGAGGAAUCCAUGAACUGUGAGGCCUUUACUGUGACCCUUAUCAGCAAAGACAGACUGUGCCUCUCUAACGAAGAGCAAAUUAUCAUCCAUGACUUUAUCCUUGAAGCUACCCAGGAUGACUACGUUCUGGAAGUCCGCCACUUUCAGUGUCCUAAAUGGCCAAACCCAGAUGCUCCCAUAAGCAGUACCUUUGAACUUAUCAAUGUAAUCAAGGAAGAGGCCUUAACAAGGGAUGGCCCCACCAUAGUUCAUGAUGAGUAUGGAGCUGUGUCAGCAGGAACGCUAUGUGCCCUUACCACUCUGUCCCAGCAGCUGGAGAAUGAAAAUGCUGUCGAUGUUUUCCAGGUGGCAAAGAUGAUAAACCUUAUGCGGCCUGGAGUAUUUACAGACAUUGAACAGUACCAGUUUCUUUAUAAGGCAAUGCUAAGCUUGGUCAGCACUAAGGAAAAUGGAAAUGGUCCCAUGACACUGGACAAAAACGGUGCUGUGAUGGCCAGUGACGAAUCUGAUCCCGCAGAAAGCAUGGAGUCUCUUGUCUAAUUGGAAACCUGAAAAGGCACUUAAUUUGUAGAACUUCUGAAGACUGAGUGAACUUUUUUGAGGCCUUUUUUGCCAGACUCUAGGUUAUACAAUAACCCAAUUACUUUUUUACACUGAUAAAAGUUUUGAUAUUUAUUUUUUGCCAUUUUAUGUCUUAAUGGUAUCCUACUGAGCAUUUGCACCUCUGUUUAUUUCACACAGUGAAACGCAAUUUUAUCUAGUUUGCACUAUAUGAUCAGUGUUACUGCCUAUAAUAUUCUAAUACAAGACAAGCCCUGAUGUGACAUUCCAUGACAACAAACAUAUGCUUUUUCAGUUUUGUUUAAAUGCAGUGAAGUUUUGCUAACUACAGUGACCCUCGAAUCUUAAAUCUUGAAUGCUAGGCCAGAUGGAUUCUUUCUACAACAGAUACUGUACCCCUCAUACCAUAUUUAUUAUUUUAAUGAUCAUGUCACGGUUUUGGUAACGGUAUUCUGCAUUCCAGUGGAGUGGAUGAGCAGUGUUCAUCCUUUCUUGACAAAACGUGGCAGGUGAUUAUUAGCUACAGCGAAGGUGUAAUAGCCUUGUGGAGCUGAAACAAUUAUUUCUGUAUUGUUUCAAAUUGCUGUUUUGUACACUUACAGGCCUAAGACUUGCUUCACGUGGAAUAUAUAAAUUACAUACAAUAUAAUUAUAAAUUAGAUGCAAUUCAUAUGUGGGACGCAGUGAUAGGUUUUGAAUUUACAAUUUCCAAGUUUCCCCAUGUAUUGAGAAAAACGUUGAUUUUAGUUUUCAACCAGCCCUAUGAUGGGAAGGUAUUUUGGUUUUAUUCUCAUCAGAGCCAAUACAGUGAGAAAUCUACUACGACCCCAAAUCAGACCUGUUUUCAGAUAUAUUGAAGGUAGCAAUAUUUUACAUUACUAAGCUAUUCAAUAUUUUAAACACAUUAAUUUCCUUACUAUUUCUUGAAUAUGACCUCACACCUAAUGGUAUGUUACAUGGUGACAGGCGUUUCUUAAUUUCAUAACUGUUAGAUGCCAUUUUUACAGGUGUGUAAUUUUCAUACUUUAGUGCUAAAACAUAAAGUACUGAUCCAUAUUUACUGGUGAAGCAAACUAAUAAAAAAACUACCUAUA